CACAGAGUGGUUGUCGAUACUUUUUGCGUUAGUACAUUGUGAUAAGUGAACAGGGUUUGGGAAAAUAUACUGAGAGAAAAUGUGUGCAAGUGACAAGACUGGCGCAGGACAUGAACCCACGACCAGCAACACUGACGUCCUUGAAGGAACCAAAAGUAUUCGUUUGGCAGUGAUUGGUAGUAAUGAGUGUUCCCAAAAAAUGAAAUUGUUCCAUCAACGUAAUAAAUUUUCAAGCUUCAGGCAAAGAACAGCGUAAGCUAAGGAGGUCUAAUUAAUAUUUAGGGUCUAAUUUUGAUAAUUCUAUUAUUCAAUAAACAUGAUAUUUUUGCUCACAGUUAAUUGUUUUCUAAUUAAUGUUUUGUAGCAUAUUUUUGGGCUUAUUGCAGAAAACCAGCAGUUAAUGUUGGGUAGAUUGCACGAGACCAUCAUUUUGAGCUCCCAAUAAAUUUGAACUGGUAUCCAUUUUUCCUUCGCCUCUCAAAUCGGUCAUAUUCCAAAGCGAAAACCUUAUUAUGGACGGAGGUUACCUCUGCUUUUGGAAAAUUUGUUUUAUCAGGUUCGUGGAAGCCAGGGGGCACCAGGUGUACGUGCCCCCAACUUGGAAGAGUGCCUCUUUUCUGAGACAGAAUACCUUUUUAAAGAACAAACCUCGAUAGAAGCUGAAAAUUUUCCUCUUCUGUUAACAAAACAAAACAGAUUUUAUCAGCUGAUCAAAUGUGCUAAUAGAAAUACCAUGAAAAACUGAUAGAAAUCAACAUGUGAAUUGAGAUUGUUCCCGUUUCUACCUAUGCCACUACAGAUUUCAAAUCUUCCAGACGUACCUGUGGGGGAUUCUACAGCGCGCAUAGCAACCAUUUAGUUAUGUUAUAUUCUUAGAUAUAUUGCUUUUUAAAGACAACAGGAUUUUCUCUAUUAAUCAUAUAUUGCUUUAUUCACUUGAGGACUCGAAGUAGCUUAAUUUGUUUUGUUAUGAUAUUAUAUUUACGUACUUGUCUCCUGUUAAUGUGUAUGUGAACAAAGUAAAGGAAACUGAUAUUCGUGAUUGUAUUUAAAACCUACGUAAGACCUUUGUAUCGGUAUAAGCAAAUAUAGGUUCCCUGAUUUGACAUGUUAAUUAGCUGAGUAAUGUAAAUUGAGUUCAUAAAAGUACAGUAGGGCAGGGUUAGCGUAAAAUGUGUUAAGGAAAGACGUGUAUAAAAAUUGAGAAAUGAUGAGACAAGGCGUACGUUUGAGUUUUCUUUGAAGAGAUUUCUUGGUUCGUGGAGAAGUAUACAUGUUUCGAGCCAGCUUAAUUGAGAUAGAUUGCGAUCUAUAACAGUACCUAAUGUUUUUGCAUUUCCUAGGAGUUUUGUACCAAUACCUCUUUCGGGGAAACAAUACGUCAGUCACCAUAUUUAAAUGCUUCAAAAUGUGAAGUCAAGAUUUUCAGUGAAAGCAAAGUUAACGUGAGUAAAUACGAAAGGGUAUAAUGGCUGCGUCACUCGAACAACAACGGGUUCGUACGUGAAUCAGUCCCAUACUAACCUGCUUCUUAAUCAGCAACCUUAUUAAUUUAUAAUUAUCACCAAGAACUGCCCCAUAGGCCUCGCUGUAUACGUAUUAACGACAACAAAUACGAAUGUUUUUAUACAACAAGCACAAUGUCAGUGGAUUCUCUUGACUGUGGUGUUAGCAAGAUGACGAGUGAGGAUGUUGAUGUCUUCUUCUCAUCAGAGGAUGAGUUUGAUAGCGAUUAUGAAAUAGAUAGUGUGAACAAAUUCAGCUUUUCCUCACGGUACAGUGGCAAACCAGGGUCAAUUUGCAGUCGACAUUCGCGUUACGACCCUACCGGGAGAGACACAUACACCGAAGCCUGCCACCUUUUAAAGGUAACACCAGCACAACAGUUCAUUAGGUGUAUGACUCACCCUGAAGUUGAUCUAAGUCAUCGCGGGCUGGGACCGACAGGAGUCCGCGCAGCUGCUAUCGCUCUCUUGAAGAAUACCUGUGUUUCGAAGCUGAAUCUGAAGGACAACGGCAUGGGAGAAGAGGGUAUGAGAUGUAUUUGUGUCGUUUUCGAGCAAAAUUAUUUCAUUACUGACCUGGAUGUUGCGGACAACGGCUGCAAAGGCAAAGGUGCAGAAUACAUUGCAAAAAUGCUUGCUUUCUGCAACACUCUCAAAAGGCUUGAUGUGUCAGGUAAUGAUAUAGGGAAUCGUGGAGUUGAACUAAUUGCAGAUGCACUUAGCAUCAACUAUACAUUGGAGAGUUUCUCUCUUUCGAAUAACAGCAUGUCCGAGGUAGGUGCCAACGCUUUAAGCAAAGCACUUGAUGGAAAUAUUUCGCUCAGAGAGCUAAACCUGUCAUGGAAUAACCUGAGAUCUAAAGGUGCAAGAGCCAUAGCAAAAGCGUUAACCGGCAACUCGUCACUGCAAAUUCUGGAUUUGUCUUGGGGUGGAAUAGGAGACGAUGGCGUGAAACCAAUACUGACUGCUCUCAAAGAUAACACAAGCCUUACUUCUCUGAACUUAGCAAGUAACAGGAUCGGGGAUGCAGGUGCUAGACUUUUGAUAGACGCAAUUCCAGAAAACGAGACGUUAGAAACACUGGACAUAACCAUGAACCUUAUAACUAAACACUUGCUAAUGGAAAUUGUGAAGGCACGAAUGGACUCUCCAACAAGCAAACUGAAAAUCAUAAUUUGCAGAGACAAAACAUUCGCCAAUGAUAAAGAAAUAGCAGAUUAUCUGUGCAACAUGGCUCCAGCUGAUGUCGACUUUAAGCUUGAACUUGACCAUAUUAAAAUAAAGGAUGACCCGAAUGUUAUUGAAUGGCAGGAGAAACACAAGGAGGACCUCUGCGAAAGAUUUCUUGCUUUCAUCCGUGGGCGACGAAUCAGAAUGAUGGAUUUGUUUCAGAAGUUCGGGGCAAGCGGUGAUUUGGUGUUGAGCGUAAACAAGUUUUGCCAAGGCUUAAAGAAAUUGAGGAAGGAAAUGAGAAUUAGUGAUUGGGAGAUUCGUGACCUGGCGGACUAUCUUCGAGGGAAAGAUGGACAAAUUCACUGCAGCUAUUUAACCUCUCUUUGAUUGGUUUAGUUCAUCGUCUCUGGUAAUCGUACAAAUUCUUGGUUUUUGUAUUGAAAAUUUGUCAAUCUUACUACCGUGUUUCCUCUAAUAAACGCCGCCCUCUGAUAAACGCCGUCCUUUAUUGAACGCCGCACCUUCAGCCAACCAUUUGGAAAAAACGCCGCGCUCUGAUAAACGCUGCU